UGUUACAAACUUUUCUAUCUGGAACCACCGCCACCACCACCACCAUCACCGUCGUUGUCGACGCCAUCAUCAUCAUCGUCAUCAUCAUCAUCAUCAUCAUCGUCAUCGUCGUCGUCGUCGUCGUAGUCUUCUUCAUUCCGAACGUCUGGUGACCAUCACUGGAUGUCAACAACACCGCCGCCACCACCACCACAACCCUCGCCAUCCUCAUUCGCAGGACAUCGUCUUAUCGUCGUUGUUAUUAUUGUUGCUGAUGCUCUUGUUGCGAAUUUCGUGUGGAACCCGUCCCGUUAACAACAACAACUGCAAUUCGGCAAGACAGUGCUAUUGUUAAUGCUAUUUAGAAAGACAAAUUCUCCACCCUCGCAGACACGGACGAAAUUCCAAAGCAACAACCAGAAGGUGCAUUCCGAAAUUCAUACACACUCAAAGAAAUGUCCAGUCCUAAAACGGCCCUAUUCUCCGACCAGCUGCCAUCCAAGGAAGCGACCCCACCUUCAUUCGUUAACAUGCUGGUGUCACCAAAACUAUCGCCCCCGCCUUCUUCCUUUUCACCUGUUAAAACCGGACUAGCGCAUACAUCCAACGGCACAGGUCAUCGGAGUUUUGUCAACGGUAGCCCCACUCUCUCUACUAGUCCCUUCAGUAAGGAGUCGAUCUUAUCGAGCGGCAGCACAUCAGCAGACGGUCACAGUACUGUGGUGACGUCUUGUGAAGUUCCUGCUUUUACCAUUGUUGGAACUUACGCUUUAGAUUUCCAAAUUGGAUUCACAACGGCAGAUGAACCAAACAUAACCAGAGUCGUCGAGGUGAAAUACGUCAACGGCAAGUUGAUAACUUCCGAUGGGAGCAGCAACUGGUUGCGGCAUGUCCAACCAGCCAGAGACAGACAUGAACAGAAUGUUGAGGUCUUCUGUGAUAAUGAGACCAGUGGCUGUAAACGAGUAACCGUUCGGACACUACGGUCAGUACAGAAAGGAGAGCAACUGUUCGUCUGGUACAGCGACCAAUUAGCACGGAGCACAGGGAUACCAAUAUUAACACCGGAUAACAUCAAAGGUAAACAACGCUACACCUGUACAAAGUGCCAGAAAUCUUACCUGUAUCCCAACACAUUAAAGGCCCACAUGCGCUUCCGUUGCCCUCAAAGUCGAGCUCAGAUUCUCAGCAGUCUUGGCAAAAUCCCAUCGCUUCCAUUUUCUGUCUUUCAAUCGUCCCCGAACAGAGUCAGUGCUACAACCUCGUCCGAAAACGCCUCCGAAGAUGAACUCUUGAAGACAUCAACACGAACUGCUUUCCGUCGUGUAAAUAGCCCAACCUCAACAAGUGGAGAAGAUAUUCGACACGAUGAAACCCGAUUUAAUGAUAAAAAAAGUUCUCCAUUUUCAGCAACAGGUUUCCUACCGCGUGGAAUUGGUUCUGCCACAGCUUGCACCUCAUCGUCUCCAUCUCAAUCAAAUCUGGCUUCUGAAAUUGCUCUCAAUUUGUCCACAAAAGCUUCUUUCCCUGAAAGAAAUUUAUCAAAUUCUUCCACAAGUGACAGACUACCCCAGUCGACAACCCAACCCAUACAGAUAUUCAAUCAUAUACAUCCACCCGCUAUACCCUUUGCUUUUGAGCAUUCGGCUUUCCAGUGUUAUUGCCCUUUUUAUACAAAAUUCCACGACCCUACACGAUAUUGUUGUGCAAAUCUACCUUCAAACAAUGCUGGUACGACACCCAGGAACUCUCAUGAAAAUUUAUAUUUCCAACAUCCCUGUCCAGUACCGUUUCCGCUGGUUCAAGUACGCAAUCUUCCAGGUUCGACCGUUGUCUCGGGUGCGUCACAUAACAAUGUCGAUGAAAAUCUCCGCAUGAGAGAACUACCCCUUAAGUUUCCAUUGCCGUCCGAAAAGGCUGGAGAACCGCUCGACCUCUUGCCUCGCUCACUCUAUACAAGCAAAUCACGUAAAGGUCAUCUAUGUAUUUAUUGUGGCAAACUCUACUCUAGAAAGUACGGCCUCAAGAUACACCUGCGCACACACACCGGUUAUAAACCGUUAAAGUGUAAAGUGUGUCUGCGUCCGUUCGGUGAUCCUAGCAACUUAAAUAAACACAUUCGGUUACACGCCGAGGGAGACACACCGUAUCGCUGUGAGUUCUGUGGGAAAGUGUUGGUAAGACGGCGAGAUUUGGAAAGACACAUCAAGUCUCGUCAUCCGAACGAGGUCGAAAGAUCAGACAGCCAAGAUGCGGAUGAGGCAACGGACUCUCUCUCGGAACUGAAAGUAGAGCCAGAUGGCAGCUCAACAGAAGAGGAGACAACUCCGUAAGACAAACAAAACAACAGAAAUAAACAAUAAACCCAAAACAUUACACAAUUAUUUAUUUAUUUAUGAACAGUAAGACUGAUAGGUGUACAUAAUUGUAUAUAUACUGGCACAUGUUGCUAUACAUAUAUAUAUACAUCACAUAUAUGUGUGUAUAUGUAUACACACACACACACACACAUAUAUAUAU